GGCAGGAACGAAUACUCACCGGAAGUGAGGUGGCCUUUCUCAAGAGCAAGCGAAAAAUAAACACGUAGCCGUCAAGGGGCUAAGACUACAAGAGGUUGGAAACAGCAAUAUCGCUUUUAGAUGGAAGAAUAAUAACGAGUCGCAGUUAUUUGAAGCUGAACGCAUAAAAAGCGGAUUCCUGCGACAGUAGUGCAAGAUGGUGCGAGACACUCUUGUGACAGCCACCAGUUUGGCACUUACUGGGGCGGUGGUUGCCCAUGCUUACUUCCUCAAGAAUCAGUUCUACCCAACCGUGGUAUACCUUACCAAAAGCAGCCCCAGUAUGGCAGUUUUAUACAUUCAGGCUUUCGUGUUAGUAUUCCUUCUGGGAAAAUUAAUGCGCAAGGUCUUUCUCGGGCAACUGAGAGCUGCCGAAAUGGAGCACCUGAUUGAGCGCUCCUGGUAUGCAGUGACUGAGACCUGUUUGGCCUUUACAGUGUUUAGGGAUGAUUUUUCCCCUCGAUUUGUGGCCCUUUUCACUUUACUGCUUUUCCUCAAGUGCUUCCAUUGGCUGGCUGAAGACAGGGUGGACUUUAUGGAAAGGAGUCCAAAUAUCUCAUGGGUCUUCCACUUCAGAGUUCUCUCUCUGAUGUUGUUGCUGGGAGUGUUUGACUUUCUAUUUGUCAAUCAUGCCUGUCAUAGCAUUAUAACAAGAGGAGCAUCAGUACAGUUGGUGUUUGGUUUUGAGUAUGCCAUUCUGAUGACUAUGGUUCUCACCACCUUUAUCAAGUACACAUUACACACGAUUGAUCUGCAGAGUGAGAACCCAUGGGACAAUAAAGCUGUCUACAUGCUGUACACUGAGCUCUUUACAGGUUUCAUCAAGGUGCUCUUGUAUAUGGCGUUCAUGACCAUAAUGAUAAAAGUACACACCUUCCCUUUGUUUGCCAUUCGACCCAUGUACCUUGCAAUGAGGCAAUUCAAGAAGGCAGUAACAGACGCCAUCAUGUCCCGACGGGCCAUUCGUAAUAUGAAUACUCUCUAUCCAGAUGCCACCCCUGAAGACUUGCAAGCCACUGACAAUGUGUGCAUCAUCUGUAGAGAAGAGAUGGUGACUGGAGCCAAGAAACUUCCAUGCAACCACAUCUUUCACUCUAGUUGCCUUCGCUCAUGGUUCCAAAGGCAGCAGACAUGUCCUACCUGUCGAAUGGAUGUUCUGAGAGCCUCCCAGCCAAAUCAGACUCCUGCCCCACCUCCUCCACAGGCACCUGCCCCUGCCGCUCCUGCUAAUGUACCUCCACUAGUCAACGUUGCCCCAGGUAUGAUGCCUCAGUUUCCUCCAGGAUUGUUUCCGUUUUGGGGUCCUUUCCCUGGCGCUCCUCCUCCUCCUGCUGCCCCAGGUGCUCAGGCAACUACUGACACUGCUCAGGCCAGUGCCGAUGGAACGCAGACACAGGGAGCAGAAUUAGGAGCCAGCAGCUCUACUCAGCCUACUGCGGACAGUGCCUCUGCUGCUCCUGGAGCCAUUCCUGGAUUCCCCUUUUCCAUGCCACCGCCUUUCCCAUCAGCUCCAUGGCUGCCGAUGCCUCCACCUCCACCGUUUAUGUCAUCCAUGCCUCCUCCACCAUCAACUCUGUCCACCAUGUCAGAUGCUGAGCUCAGAGAACUGGAACAAGAGGGCAGGCGAGGUUUGGAAGCCAGGCUGCAGUGCCUUCACAACAUCCACACGUUGCUGGAUGCAGCCAUGCUCAACAUUCACCACUACCUCAGCACGGUGGCUACAUUAAGUCCUCCUAGAUCAGAAACCAACACUGGUGAGACGAGUGCAUCAGCUGAUACAGAGUCCUCUCCCACCACGGGCAACAUGGAAAACCCCAGUCAGGAGAAUGAGGCUCAAACCACUGGAUCUGUAAAUGGAGCUACAGGCUUUUCUCAGCCAGACUCAACCACAGAAGGGAACAAAGAAAGGAAGGAAGAGGAGUGUGACGAAGACGACAGCGAGCCGGGUGCUGCGGAGUUGAGGAGGCGUCGCCUCCGCAAGCUGGAGACGACGCAACCUCCUGACCACUAAUGACAUGAUCCAUUAAAACAUGCAAUUGUGAAUUAAAUUCAGACAGUAGCAAUGCUUCUCACUGAUUUUUUUUGGCACCUGGCAUGCUUAGAUGUCAAAUUAUCCGAGAAACGCUCGUGUUCUUAGUUAUUUAAGUGCGGCACAUCAAGACACUUUGCUGUACAAUGGAUUUGUCAAGUGUAUGGAAGAUACUCAGGUAGAGAACUGGUUUCUGGUUAAUGAUGCGUGAAGAAAGGAUCCUCACAAGUCAGUUAUCACAUUUGAAUCAAGUAUUGCAUCUGGUCAGACUUUUCAGUGUGAUUUGUAUCAGAGGACGAGUGUUCAAAGAAGAAAGAGGUCUUUGGAAUUUUUUUUUUGUGCCCUUAAAAUUUUAUGUUUCUUCCUCUUUGUGCAUUUUCAUUAUUUCUAGUUCAACAUAAGUUAUAUUUUUCCCCCUUAGGUUUAAUUUGGCUAUGGGUGAGAUAUGACCAUGAACCAAACAUUGGUGUAAAAUAACUUACUGUACAUAAUGUAUAAAGUGUUUUAAUAGGAUUUGUACAUACUGCACAAUAAACUGUUCAAGACAGA